UAUGGUUUUUGUUGGGCCGGUAAGCCUUAUAUUUUGGGCCGAUGUUUUAUUGGACAGUGGGUGAGGGCCCAUUGGCUGACGGUGAUGAUGGCCGAACACGAAGAGGGGUUAGGGGAAGAUUGUUGCAAGGUUGGGAGAUGAACAAAAAUGGCGUCACUCCGUGGAUGAAGCAGCAAUGGCGGGGCAUAGUGAAAGUCCGUUUGAAAUGGGUGAAGAACCGAAGCCUCGACCACGUCAUCGACAAGGAAACCGAUCUCAAAGCGGCAUGCCUCCUGAAAGACGCCAUCAACCGCUCCUCCACCGCCUUCCUCACGGCGAAAUCUGUGGCAGACUGGCAGAAGCUCCUCGGCCUCACCGUCCCCGUCCUCCGCUUCCUCCGCCGCUACCCCACACUCUUUCAAGAGUUCCCGCACCCGCGCUGGCCCUCUCUUCCCUGCUUCCGCCUCACCGACACUGCACUUUUCCUACACUCCCAGGAACUCGCCCUCCACCAAGCUCACCAAAACGACGCCGUCGAACGCCUCUCCAAGCUCCUCAUGAUGACCCGCUCACGCGCCCUGUCACUCUAUUCCCUCCACUCGCUGAAGUGGGACCUCGGCUUACCCGACUCCUUCGAGAAAACCCUCGUCCCCAACUUCCCUAACGACUUCCAAUUCGUCAAGUCCAACGGCGUCGCUUCGCUCAAACUAGCACGAUGGCCCGAGGAAUACGCUGUGUCCGCGCUGCAGCAGAGAAACGAGUGUGGGACCCACUACCGGGAAUUCAAGCGGGGACAAUCCGCGUUGGCUUUUCCAAUGAAGUUUCCGAGGGGUUACGGCGCGCAGAAGAAGGUGAUGACGUGGAUGGAUGAGUUUCAGAAGCUGCCUUAUGUUUCUCCCUAUGUUGAUUCCUCCAAGAUUGAUCCCAACAGCGAUUUGAUGGAGAAGCGCGUGGUUGGGGUUCUGCACGAGCUUUUGAGUUUGACUCUGCACAAGAAAACCAAGAGGAACUACUUGAGGAGCUUGAGGGAUGAGUUGAAUCUUCCGCACAAGUUUACCCGGAUUUUCACCCGGUAUCCCGGCAUUUUUUACCUCUCAUUGAAGUGUAAAACGACCACUAUUACUCUCAGGGAAGGGUACCAGAGUGGGAAACUGGUUGACCCGCACCCUCUUGUCCGACAUAGAGAUAAGUUCUACCGUGUCAUGCAGACGGGGCUUCUCUAUCGCGGGGAUGGGUCAUUGAAACAUGACGACAACAAUUCGUUGGUGGAGAAUGAUGAGCUAAGAAGCGAGGAUUCUGGGGAGGAAGAGGUUGAAACGAGUGAUGAACUCUGUGAGGGUGAAUCGAGUGAUGAACUCUGCGAGGGUGAAGCGAGUGAAUAAGUUUUUUGGUGCUGUAUUCUGUUUGUAUGAUACGAGCAACGGGUAUUCUCUUCAAAGAUAAUUUAUUUCCUCCUCCGGUUUGCAGGAAAUGUUAUAGGAGUGUAAAGAAGAUAAUUUCAGGGCAAGGAAGACGAUCUCCCUUCAAAAAUUUGUUGCAAGCAAAUGUUGUGUACCUGUGUCAGCGGUUUUAAUCUAUCUUGUCCGAGGCCAGUUUAUUAUCAAGUAUGCUGGAGAUCACUUACAGAACUCAAACUCGAAGCGAAAAUGAUUCAUAGACAUUAUUUUGGCUGCUCUAUCAACUAAUCAUGUUACGGUAAUCUUUAUUUUUCCCAGUCUGGGUAUAUGUCAACCAGCACUUACGUUUUUUAUUGUAUGAAAAUUUUAGUUAAAAGAUGACAGAAAUUGAAGGAUAUUUUUUCUCUGUUGAGGAUUUUUGCAACGAAAUAUUAUGGUGCA